UGCAGGCGGUACCCGCUGCAGGGAGGCGGGGACCCAAACGCCCGUCGGGCGCCGGAAAGUUGGUUUCCCGCAGGAAGUGCCGGGGGGAGACGGGGUGUGAGGGGGGGGAGAGCGCAGCGGCGGCCACGCUCCACCUGGGCACGUGAGGCGGCUCACGUGUGCGCGGGGCGGGGAGGACUCGGGCUGGCGGGUGCCCGCGCCGGCGGGGUCCAGGGGGCAGGGCGGGCGCGGGCACAGCGCUGCGCGCCGCCGCCAGGCCUCGGCUCCCGGCCCGCUGCCCGUGCUCCCGCCUCGCGCCCCAGAAAUGAGCUCAAGCGUUGCCCGUUGGCUUCCAGAGCACCCCCUCGGCAAACGAGAGCGCCUCUCUGCCGCAGCGUGCUGAAGACUUGGCUGGGAGCCGGCAUCGUAUCCUCCUGCGUUUUUUCAGACUCCUUGGAAAUUAAGGAAUGCAAUUCUGCCACCAUGAUGGAAGGAUUGAAAAAACGUACCAGAAAGGCCUUUGGAAUACGGAAGAAAGAAAAGGACACUGAUUCAACAGGUUCACCAGAUAGAGAUGGAAUUCAGCCCAGCCCUCAUGAACCACCCUACAAUAGCAAAGCAGAGUGUGCGCGUGAAGGAGGAAAAAAAGUUUCGAAGAAAAGCAAUGGAGCACCAAAUGGAUUUUAUGCAGAAAUCGAUUGGGAAAGAUAUAACUCACCUGAACUGGAUGAAGAAGGCUACAGUAUCAGACCUGAGGAACCUGGCUCUACCAAAGGAAAGCACUUUUAUUCUUCCAGCGAAUCAGAAGAAGAAGAGGAAUCACAUAAGAAAUUUAACAUCAAGAUUAAGCCAUUGCAAUCUAAAGACGUUCUUAAGAGUGCGGCUACAGUCGAUGAACUCAAGGCAUCCAUUGGCAACAUCGCCCUGUCCCCUUCCCCAGUGAGGCGCAGCCCGGGUGCAAUUAAAAGGAACUUAUCCAGUGAAGAGGUGGCACGACCCAGGCGUUCCACGCCAACUCCGGAACUUACAAGCAAAAAACCUCCAGAUGACCCUAUGGCCCUUGCUCCUCUCUUUGGCCCACCAUUAGAAUCAGCUUUCGAUGAACAGAAGUCAGAAGUUCCUUUAGACCAGCCUGAGAUAUGGGGUUCGGGCCAGCCAGUCAACCCGAGCAUGGAUUCACCAAAGCUAACAAGGUCUUUUCCCACUGGAACACCUCCACCACUGCCUCCAAAAAAUGUACCAGCCACCCCACCCCGGACAGGCUCCCCCUUACCAGUGGCACCAGGAAAUGACCAGGCAGCCACAGAGGCCCCCAUUGAAAAGCCACCAUCCAUCAAUGACCUGGACAGCAUUUUUGGCCCCGUGCUGUCCCCCAAGUCUGUAGCCGUUAACGCCGAAGAAAAGUGGGUGCACUUUUCUGACACGUCCCCGGAACACGUGCCUCCAGACGUGACGCCCCGGGACCCGGCGGCGUCUCCUCCUCCUCCACCAGCCGCUGCCGCCGCCACCGCCGCCGCCGCCGCCUCGGACAGCCCGGCCGCCUCCCCGGCCGCGCCGGGCACCCCGGGCACCCCGGGCACCCCGAGCACCCCGGGCACCCCGGGCCCCCCGGGCCCCCCAGCACCACCGGCCGGGCCGCCGCCGCGCCGUAUCCCCUCGCCGCUGAACCUCGAAGAGGCGCCGAAGCCCGGGGCCGAGCCGAGCUGCGUGCGGGACGAGUACUUAGAAACGGUCUCGUCGCCCAGGGAGCCGGGGCCGGCGGCCAGAGCCACCCCGCCGCCCCCGCCCCCGCCCACCUACCGGACCGUGGUGGCGUCGCCGGGACCCGGCUCGGGCGGCAGCGGCGGCGGCGCGGGGCCCGCCAGCGGUGCAUCAUCCCCUGCUCGACCAGCGACCCCCUCGCUCCCUUCCAGCAGCACCACCCCGCCUCCGCCUCCUCCCCGGCCUCCCUCACGGCCCAAGCUGCCCCCAGGAAAACCUGGUGUCGGAGAUGUGCCCAGACCUUUCAGUCCUCCCAUACAUUCUUCCAGUCCACCUCCAAUAGCACCCUUAGCCCGGGCUGAAAGCACCUCUUCAAUAUCGUCCACCAAUUCCUUGAGUGCAGCCACUACUCCCACAGUUGUGUCAGAAGAUGAUGUUUUUUAUGACAAACUGCCCUCGUUUGAAAGGCGCUGUGAAACGCCUGCAGGUUCUUCCAGGGGACCGAGUCCCCUCACUAUGGGGGCCCAGGACACUCUCCCUGUCGCAGCAGCAUUUACAGAAACAGUCAAUGCCUACUUCAAAGGAGCAGAUCCAAGCAAAUGUAUUGUGAAGAUAACUGGAGAAAUGGUAUUGUCGUUUCCUGCUGGCAUCACCAGACACUUUGCCAACAACCCCUCACCAGCUGCUCUGACCUUCCGGGUGUUAAAUUUCAGCAGGUUAGAACACGUCCUGCCAAAUCCCCAACUUCUCUGCUGUGAUAAUACCCAAAAUGAUGCCAAUACCAAGGAAUUCUGGGUGAACAUGCCAAAUUUGAUGACUCACCUAAAGAAAGUAUCAGAACAAAAACCCCAGGCUACAUAUUAUAAUGUGGACAUGCUCAAAUAUCAGGUGUCUGCCCAGGGCAUUCAGUCCACGCCCCUAAACCUGGCAGUGAACUGGCGGUGUGAGCUGGCCAGCACUGACCUGCGCAUCGAUUACAAAUACAACACAGAUGCCAUGACCACUGCCGUGGCCCUCAAUAACGUUCAGUUCCUGGUCCCCAUCGAUGGAGGCGUCACCAAGCUCCAGGCCGUGCUCCCACCCGCAGUCUGGAAUGCUGAACAACAAAGAAUAUUGUGGAAGAUUCCUGAUAUUUCUCAGAAAUCAGAAAAUGGAGGGGUGGGUUCUUUACUAGCAAGAUUUCAGUUAUCUGAAGGUCCCAGCAAACCUUCCCCAUUGGUUGUGCAGUUCACAAGUGAAGGAAGCACCCUAUCCGGCUGUGAUAUUGAACUUGUGGGAGCGGGGUAUCGAUUUUCACUCAUCAAGAAAAGGUUUGCUGCAGGAAAAUACUUGGCAGAUAACUAAUAAAAUUGUAUGCAAGGAUUUGGAAGAGUCCUAUCACGGAGAACUGUUGUGUGAGAAACAGGUUUUCAUUUUGGUUUGGUGAAAGCAAACCAAGAUCUGCAUUUGGGGAUAUCUCUGCUGGAAAUGUCGAUGACUUCCAGCAACAAUUCCCUCCCACAUAUGUCCUACAGUAUUUACUUCUAGGUGUAAUAUUGUAAUGGUUUUAAAAUGUAAUUAUUGUAUUUGUAUAUUGUACUCAUUCCAGUAAGGCAGUUAGACACUUGAGUUUUAGCAUUUUGCCCUUCCUGAAAUGGAUGUAAUUUAAAUCGUGGUAUGUAAAUUUAAUAGUAACACUGUUGACUGACAAUGCUUACAGAGGUAGACUGCAUUUUGUCAAUAUAUAAAAUUUAAAGAUAAUAUGAAUAGCUGUCAUAAAGGGGGUGCCACAUAUCAAAAAAAUUAAGUGGAACCAGAAAAAAAAAUUACUUUUCUUCAGUCCUUAGUAUGUUUUACUCUAGUGUGAAAUUAAAAAGUCUAUCUUCAGAUGUUUAAUGGGUUAAAUUAAGAACUAUUUCAGAAAAAAGAAAAACUCUAAGGUUACAGCCUGUUCCAAAAAAAAAAAGCAUUAAUUACCACUUUUUAAAAAGCUUUUUUUUCAAACUGCAAAUUUCAUAAAAAUGCAAACUGUGUAAACAGGACCUCUUAUUUUUAUAACUUGUGUAAAAAGGGAAAGCAAUUCAUAUUUAAAGUUUAAGUAUAUGAAAUUAUAAUCAAGAGAGAAGAAGAUGAAGUCUUAACCAUGUGUUCUUCUCUCUACGGUUUAGCAAAUGUAGAGAUUGCCAAGUAAUCAGAUUGAAACCAAAAUUGUGACUUUAAGAUUCCCCAACUUUCCACAGUGCUAGUCAAUAAUUUUUGCACAAUGACAACUUCUAACAGAGUCUGGCCCAUCUCGUCCAGGGAAUGGUACCUCUGAUCUUAAACCCAUAGGAGUCAGAAUGUUGAGACUGCUUGCCUAGUGCAGUGGUGAGAAAUGUCCUCUGAUCAGAUCCAGAAGGAGAAUUUGUUUCAUCGUCAUUUCUAUCAUUUGGGAUGAAAAAGGGAAAGCUUUACUACAGAUGAAAUUCUAAUCACCAUCAUGGUGCGAUAUAUUUCCUUUUGGCUGAGCAACAUCACUAUAGGUAGCUAUAAAUCUUUGCCAAUCUUGGGGCAUGGGAAAGAGAGUUAUCCAACAUUCAUGUCAUUUUUUUCAUGGUUACAAGGUUUAAUAAACAAUUGCAGUUUCUCGGCCUAGCCUUUUCCACCAAACAAGGGCAUUCAGAGUGGUGACAUCCUUCCUCAGAGUUCCCAGUUAGAUAUUUUCUUUACUAGAAUCAGAAAAUGUGAUUUUUCCAUUAAGUGACAGAAUUAGUUUUACCCAAAAUCCAACUUCUAAGUCACACUUCUCAGUAACUAUAAUUAUUAAAUUGUUAUAUUUCUCAUUUGGUGUUAAUUUUUAUUUUACAGUCACUCAUAUUUUACCAGGGAUUAUCAUUCCCUUUAAAUUGUAGAACAAAUUAUUUUGUAACUUUUACUUUUAAGAUGACGUUGGCUGGCAAUUGUUUAUAGUAGAACUUUUAAAUUAUUAUUUGUACUUCUCAAUCAGUGCUUGCUUCCAUGAGAAUGUACAAAAUGAUUGUUUUACCCUGGAAAGAUUACUCUUACUUAAACUCUCAAUUGACUCCCAAUAGCAACCCUCUGUUAAAGAUUUUUAAACGAGAGGCUUAUUCUAAGUAAAAAUAUCCAAUAUGACUUUGAAAGAAAAACAGAAAAUGACAACUUUUGAAUUCCGUGAAACAUGAGGUCAUUUCAAACACUGAAAUCGGUGGAGAGUAAACAGCAGAAAAUUGAUUUAUCCUGUUUAUGAAUUUAAAAAUGUGUUUCUAAGUCAUUGAUUCAUGAGAAAACAUACUGAAUAUUAAUAUGAGACAUAUUAAAAUGUGUAAAUAUUACUGGUUCUCAUGUCUUGCUCUUUGUAUUUUAUUUUAUAUAGUUCUGGAGUAACUUAGUAAACACUGGUUUUAUUUUCAGAGAAUAAUUUUGUCGAUAUUGUAAAAAAUGUAAUUUAAAACAUAGAUUACAAUAAUCUCUAACAUUAUUCAAAUGUUUUGAGCAAUUUGAGACUAUGAAGAUAUCCUAAGGUCCCUUAAUUGGUCUUUGUGAAAUAGAAUGGGAGUCAGUGAUUUCAAAAUUAUAAGCCCAUAAAUAAUCAAAAGCUCAACAGGAUAUAUAUAUAUACAUAUAGGUGUAUAUAUAUAUAUAUAUAUAUAGCCCUUCUUCUUUCAUAAAAUAGGUCAUAAAUGAACACAAUAAACUCAUAUCAGGGAUUUAGAUCUUGGUGGGUUUUUCUAACCUUGUAGUUUGUAAUCUUCUGUUAUACCUGUAUCCAGUGUACUGUACAAUAAGAACUCGUGUUAGGAAAAAAUAGUCCAUGACACUGCAAGAGUCUCAGUUAUCAAAGAAAUAUAGAUCAAGUUCAGGAUUGACUCCUAAAACCCAAAGAAAUGUACUAGUACAUGUUAAGACGUUUAAUACCAGGCAUGAAAAUCAAAAGAAAUGGUUGUUGUUAGCUGGGGCACCAUUUCCUGAAUUUUAUGAUUUAAAAAUUGUCUGCUAGAACAGAAUAGAAAGUCUGAAUGAUCCUGUUUUAUGUUGGCAACAUUAAAAACGUGGUUUUUUUUUUGAAAUAAAUUCCACAUAUUCAUGAUUUUUAAAAUAAAUUCCUAUUGAGUCUGAAUUUUAUCAUAAUUGGAAUUUAGUAGAAAGUCUGAAUGAUCCUGUUUUAUGUUGGCAACAUUAAAAACAUGGUUUUUUUCUUUUGAAAUAAAUUCCACAUUUUCAUGAUUUUUUAAAAUAAAUUCCUAUUGAGUCUGAAUUUUAUCAUAAUUGGAAUUUAUUAUUUCUAAAAAUCAACUUGUUCAUUAUUUCAAUCUCUAUUCUUCUCUAUACCUAGAAGAUGAAACCUCACUGUUUUCACAUUGUGGUGUGUUUGGGAAUGUACUUCACCUGAAAAAGAAAAAUGUCCACAUUUCCAGGGAAUUCAAGUAAAGAGGAACCCCCUCAGAAACUCAAACUAUAAAAGUUUUACUUUUGUCUUUAAGUAUUUCACUCAACACACAUUUGCUGCGGUCGUAAUUUUAGAGAUUUCCAUUUCCAAAUCACUUGUAUCACUUGUCAUCCCGUUGCUCAUCGAUUUGCUCAAGCAGGUGCCAGGUCCAUUCAUCCCUGUCACGUGCUGGUGUAGAGCAAGUAUUUCCAAAUACUUUCAGUAAAAGCUUCUCUCUACCCUUGCUGUGCAUAAACUUGUGACCAUAGAUAAAUCAAUGCCCUUCCCUCUCCUUUUUCUGGAAUGAGAGGUUGGGAUUGCCAGUGGUUUUCAAAUGUUUCUUAACGGCAGGAUUUGAUUUGUAGUAAAGUAGCACAUGGAAGCCAGGUAAGCUAAGUAGCUGAAAGCAAUGCAGGAGUUCCCCUAGCAGUUACGGCAGGGUCUCCGAGUACACUGCUUGCAUACCAUAAUAAUGUAGCUACAAUCUGCAGUGGCUUAGGGUUCUACUUGACUUGGCUACAUCCACCUUUGCGAACUUUCCAUGGAAAUAUUUACAAUCAAAGUGAUUGAUACAGCAAAAGUUGCUUGAGUUUUUACCAUAGGCCAGCCAUUACACUUAAUAAUUGUUCAUUUAAUCUUUAUAGCAACCCCAAAAUUGUCAAUACUCUUCAAUUUACAAUUUCAUAAAUGGGGACAUUGCAGUUUAGAUGAAUUAAAUUGUUCAAAGUGGUGCCGUUGCUGGAGCCAGCACAGUUAUCCCUCACUGGGAACCUCUGCAUUGUUUGCUGUUCAUUUUUAGACAAUUAUCUUCAUUUUGGACAAGGUAUAGUGAAGUAAAACUAUACUAUACCCUGUCCAUUUGAAUACCAAGGUAAAAAAAAAGGACCAGGAAAGAUUAGUACCAAGAUAAGGAUAAUUCCAAUAGCAAAAUUGUCAAAAACUUUCAGUGUUUCUCAAAGUAUGAUUUAUGGAUCAUUAUAUUGUCAUUUAUGGUGAAUAGACAGUGAUGUUGACUAAUCACUGUAUCCUUAGAGUCUAGAAGUUGGAGGUGGUCCAUAAAUUUAUAUUGAAUUCUCAAAUCUCUAGGACAAACCCAGGACUAAUUAGUUAGUUUUCAAACAAAAUCAUAGCCCAGGUAGCUCUCUCAGGUCCUUAUUAAUUCUGACAUCAUAUCAGAUUAAAAGUUGAAAAUUAUUGUUCUAGUAGGUUUAUUUUGUGUUCUUCCCAUUUCAUUUCUUCCAACCUUAAAAUAAUAGGGAACACUUUCUAAAAAUCUCCCGAUCUUUCCCUCAGAUUCUCAUUGAUGCUAUUUCAUUCUCAAACCAUCCUAAAAUGUAUUCUCUGAUUUUCACAUUUCUGUCCCAAUAGGGAGGUUGCACAUUAUUGAUCUUUCUGGAUAUGAGAUUCCUAAUCAAACUCUCCCUCCUAGUGUGGGCCAAUGAGACACAGAACAAGUGAGAUUGACUAAGUUUAUUUUGUAGGCUUUUGAAUUGUACACAUUAUAAAGCAUUCAUAUACAUGACCCCAUAUUAUUCUGAAAAGAACCGCACUAAUCAUUUUUCCUUUCUUUUGAAAGAACAGUCAAAGACUAUCAGUUUAAGUUAAGUGUCAUCAUAACUAGUUCAGAUAUCUCUAAUAAGGACAUGAGUUUGCGAGAGGAGUUUAUCAUCUUUCAUUCUCCCCGAAACAUUAGAUAGUUAAGCAAAACCCAAUCUGACUGAAUGUGCUCCUUUGGCUACAUGAGUUUCUUUUUUUUUCUUUUUGGGUCACCCCCACCAAUGCUAAGGGGUUACUCCUGGCUCUCCACUCAGGAAUUACUCCUGGCAGUGCUUGGGGGACCAUAUGGGAUGCCUGGAAUCAAACCUGGGUCGGCCGUGUGCAAGACGAACGCCCUACUAGCUGUACAAACUGUAAGUAUCUGUGGAUCAGAAAACCGGCCCCUACGUUGUUUCCUGAUCCACAGAUUUUUAAAAAGAAAAGCAUAAUUAUUAUACUAACAAAAUGAGGAGAAUCUCUAAAUAUAGCUCUGAAAGUUAACAGAAGUAAAUGUACCAUUUUCUUGAAAUUAGUCCAGUUAAACUAUUGAUACAAAUGAAUAAAUAGUACACAUUACAUUGAUCAAAUAAGUUAUUUCAAUGCCCCAACUUACACCAUACCACUCCCACCCACUUUAUUCUAUUUAUUCUUUUGUGAGCCUUUAUUGCAUUUUCCUACUCCAUUGGUGUUUCCAUUUGGCAAACAGCAGUUGAAUACUUUUUAAUUCAGUCCUGAAUUAAAUAUGGCUACCAUUCAGUUACUUUUUGAUCAUGAAUGUACAGUGGUAAAUGAGAUGUACGAUGCUUAAGUCUCUGAAUAAGUCAGAGACAUUUCAGAAUAUUCGUGUCAUUCCUUUGAUUUUCUAUCAGCUGCAGGUUAGAAUUACAUUUUCAAUAUCUAAUUUAAAUCCAAAUAUCUUCUUAAAGGAAUAUCCAAUUUUAAGGUCUAGUAAGUUGACUGUAAGAUAGUCAUAACUCUUGGCCAUCCCUCACACAUAGUGUCUGGUUUCUAUCUUAAAAAUAUCACUAUAGUAACACAGGCACCUUCUUACUGACAUUAGCCCAGAUAUAAUCAUUUUUUCUAGAUUUAACUUCUAAAGUCAUAUUUAUUUUUUUAGUAUUUCUUUUUGCUUCCUUCCAUUCCUAUAGUAGUACAUCAUCAGUCUUGUAAGAAAAAAUGUUUCAAUGAAAAGCAAAUAUAUUUUUAUAUGUCCCUUUCACACGAGAGCAAAAUAAGUCAGAGAUAUUUCUACUACAUUCACUGUUGUUUUCAAAAUAAUGUUAAGGUCUUCUAUUUCUGGCAAAUGUUCAUUAUAGUUCAAGAAUAAAUGACUUACUCCAUAAUUUUUACUCCUUGGAUAUUAGCAAUAAAUGUUAGUACAUUAAUAAAGCUUAAUGAAGUUAUUAGAGCAGAAAAAUGCCAUUCCCUAGACACAUCUUUAAAAAUCCUUUAAAAAAAAAUAGCUCCAGUUUACAUGUCUUCCAAUACCGCAAAUAACCAGCAAUGUUUUGAAAAGAGACUUUGUUUUAACUUUAAGGGAAAUCUCUGAUAUUUCAAAAGAAUUAUUUUAAUCUUAUUUGGAUAUUUUAACAGACUAAAUUUACCUAAAGCAUCCAAAACAAUAAAAUUAUUAUUUUAUUUUUAAGUGUUCUUUUUAAGAUUGCGACCUAUAACCAACUAUGACCUGAAUAUGGUCCAAAAGUUUUGCAGUGUUGGAAUAACGCUAAGAACAAUCUUUGAUAAUAUUUUAUUUCACAGCUUUAAGAAACUGAAUCAUGAUCAAUAGUGACAGCAUUUCUUACAUAAUCUUGUGAAAGAUUCAUGUAAAAAGUAUUUUUGUUAAUGCUAAGGGAAAUGCACUAUUUAGCUUGUUUGUUUAGGAUUCUAUGCCCUGAGAUUUUCACAGUUUUUUAAUGCUUUGUUUUAUAAAUCAAUUGGCUUGACACAAAACCAGCAAAAUUCUUUCAAAAACUCAUGAGUAUAUUGUUAUUAGACAGGAAAUGAGUAAAACUUAAUCACUCACUUUACCUAUCUCUGAAUGUAGUUAAAGUUUUAACUCAUUCAGAAUCUGUGAAUUAACCUAAAUAGUUCAUAAGCUAUUAGCACUGUAGCACUGUGGUCCCAUUGUUCAUUGAUUUGUUCGAGCGGGCACCAGUAACGUCUCCAUUAUGAGACUUGUUGUUACUGUUUUUGGCAUAUGGAAUACACCAGGGGAAGCUUGCCAGGCUCUGCCAUGUGCUCUCCAAGAAGGAUGGAGGAAUCGAACCUGGGUCGGCCGCAUGCAAGGCAAACGCCUACCCGUUGUGCUAUCGCUCCAGUCCUCAUAAGCUGUUACCUUGAAUGAUUAUAUAAGCCAAAUAUUCAUUCCACCUCACUAGUUUAUGUUAUUUCAUUGAUAUUUCUGUUCUUUUCUAUUUUUUGGAGGGGGUGGAGUUGCAAAAUAGAUCCUUCAUGUUAUUACUAUAUUGCUUAACAUUAUUUUAAAUAAUAUCCCAAAUGACUACCACUGGACUACCCAGGUCCAAAGUCAGUUUUGUUUUUCUUCAUGAAAUUGCUGGAAUGGCAAUUCUUGCAACUGCACUGAUUUUGUCAGUAUUUGGUUCUUGCUCCUUAAAUAGAUAUGCAUAAGAGGAACUGACUUCUAUCUGAGUGCUCUCUCUCUGUCUCUCUCUAUCCUCCUCCCUCUAUCUUUCUUCCUCCUCUAUUUCUGUUUCUCCUUGUAUCUCCCUCUUCCUUCUUCCCUUCCUUCCUCCCUCCCUCCCUCCCUCUCCCCUUCUUUCUUUUCUUCCUUCCUUCCUUCCUUCCUUCCUUCCUUCCUUCCUUCCUUCCUUCCUUCCUUCCUUCUUUCCUUCUUUCCUUCCUUCCUUUCUUUUCCUUCCUCUCUUUCUUUCCUUCUUUUCUCUCUCUCUUCUCUCUUUUUCAAUCUCUCUCUCAAAGCUGGGGAAUUGCUGCUGAGUAAUUUUCUUGAAAAAGCCAAGUAUUGGUAUGAACGUAUGCUAAUUUUAUCUUUGAGUAGGGUUUCACCACUGACCAAGCAGGAAUUUAUACAGCUAGUUUUUCAAACUGUUUGAACCUGGUUAUGUUUCAAUAGUAAGAGAAUUUUUCCAUUUUAUAUAGAAAAAACUAUAUAAAUGAAAUGAUCAAAAUUCAAUUUUCUUGCCUGCUAAGUAGCAACAUAAAGCAAUGAUUUUUUUCCUACUGAAUAUGAAAAGAAACUAGGGGGGGAAAUAUGACACAUUUAGAGGUGUUCCCGAAGGUAGUCCAACUUAAUCAAUUGUCUUUCUUAAAGAAAAUGCUAUUAGCAUGUACUUUAAUUUGAGUGGAGUGAUAGUUUUUACUUAGAAGUCUCCACAUUCUAGAAUGCUGUUGAUCUUUGCAACCAAAGUAAACUGAAUUUCUUUAUGACCUUGUACGGAGUAUGUGAUUCACAAAAUACCUUGGGCAUAAAGUAUUUAUACAUGGAAUUGUGCAUUAAAAUAUGCAAUUGUACUGUUUUUCAUUUUGUAGAAAUGUCAAUCCUGAUUCUUUCCCCACCAUGUAAUUCAAACAGAGAAAAACUCUUUUCUUUAUCCUCACCAUCUCUUGUCUGCGAUGAAGGCGUUUCUGUUUCUAGGCUGUGCUCAAGAGACACAUGAAUUGUGUCUGAAAUUGUGAAUGAAAGCAAUUCGGUCUUGCUCCUUUUCGUAACAGCAUCAUCUCUGCUGAGCACGGGGAUACAAAUGUGUAGUAUCAACUUUGGGGAGAUAAUCAUGAGAAUGUUUUAAAGCUACUUGCCUUAUAAGUUUAAAAUUUUUAAAAGGGCGGGGGGAUAUAUCACCUUUUUUGUAAGCUCUACUCUUUAUAAAUUAUUUUUCCUUCAUAACUAUCUCCAAUCACCCAUCUCAUCAAAUUCCAAAUAUGCAAUGAUUUUUUUCAUGACACAUGACUGCAAUUAGGGUUCCCAUUACAGAACAAAAUUUGGUUAUACAUGAAAAUAAAAUGAAAUACCUGGGUAAGUUGUUAAUCAAUGUGUUUUUUUUUCCUGGAAAAUAAAUGAAAAUCAUAAAAUUCAA